CUGUCAGGCGAGCCGGGCGCGGAGGUGACGCCAUCUUUACUGCUGGCAGGAGAGAAGGUGACGGGGUUGUAGAAAGUAGACGCCCGCCGGGCACACAGCGGGCUCAGCUGGAGCUGCCGGGGAGCUGCGGGCAUCGCCCUGGAUGAGGUGGAGCGGCCAGGCUGAGGUGCUCGGGCGCAUCUGCUGCGUCAUCACCGCGCGUCCAGCGGCGCCGAGUUGUUUUCCAACAUGGCCGAGGAGAAGGAGUCUCUAAGGAGGCAAAUCCAGCUGUUACAAGGUCUGAUCAACAGUCAUAAAAUUAUCCACGGCGAUGCCCCCGCAAAUCCAAGAUGGCAGCCGCCGGCCCAGCCCUGUGGAGGAUACCGGCAGCCAAAUCCGAGCAGCUGGAGGAAGAAGUAUUCACUGGUUAAUCGGACAUCGCAAGCAGCGGACGCCUCCGCGGUGUCUGCGGGUGAGAGCGGCGCCCGAAAAGUACCCUCAGCCAUUGGCGUCUCCGAAAAACUGGGGCAGACAACGUUAUCCGGAAACAAGGACAAGCCAGCUGACGCGUCCGCCUUCAAAUGGCAAAGUGCCGCUGCUCAAGGUGGUCGGGCGCGUCCGAAACCCUCGGUGACGGCCUCUGUGCCAUCCACAUCUGUAUCCAUGGGGCCCCGACCCUUAGACUCAGGGGGCCACAAGGAAAUCCUCAGGGGAGCGUCCAAGACGCAGCAGAAAGUGUCCUGGACGCCAUUGAAUAGAAGUUCUCCAGCUCAGGUACCGGCAGCAGCCCAGCCCCCCUUCAAGAAGACCCCUGUGUCCCUCCCCAAGACUGAAGUGAACUGUGCACCCCCCAAACCCAGCGCCGCGUCCUCACACCGGACCCCGAGCGCCCCCCAGAAAAGCAAUGAAACCUCCAAAAGUCAGAAGGCGAAAUACAUCUGGGUGGCGGAUUCUCGUAAAGCCCCCCCUGCUGCCAAGAAAGUCAGUCCCAGGAGGGCGUCUGCGGAGGAGAAGUCCCUCGAGGCCACAGCUGCGGUGAAAGGGAAGAAAAAUGGCGCAAACCCAAAGGCGUCGGCCCUCAAGAGUCGAUACAAGUGGAAAGCCGAGAGCCUUGUGUCCUCCCAAGAAGCUCCGGUCACUCCCGCCUUACAAAGGGGGGCUCCGAGGCCGAGCUCAGCGACUCCCCAACAUAGCAAGGCUCCAGCAGUGAUGGCGGCCGCAGCCUCGUUCAGGAGCUCGCCACAUUCCGGCUACAAGGUGAAAAGCAAAACGAAGAUCAUUAGGAGAAGGAGCACGUCAAGGUCUCCUGCAGAUAAGAAGUCUCCUGAGGCUCCUCUGAUGGUGAAGAGUCGUUACUCGCUGCGCAGGCGGAGCUCUCCCCGCAUGAAAUCUCCGUCUACAGUGAAAAGAAGUUCCCCCCGGGGUCUGGUCCACAUCUCCAAACACCGACUGCGAAGACUGCCCCCUCCUGGCAAGCAGCAGCCUUCCCCCACCCGAGAAGCAGGCCCCUCCCCUUCCUCUCUGAGAAGCCCCCCCUCCAGCCGGGUGAUAAAAACGCGAUACAGGAUUGUGAAAAGAAGCACAACUCCGCCACUGGUGACGUCACCUUUCUCUACACUCAGCUCGUCCCUGAACUGGAGGACACGGCUAAUUUUGUUAAACCGUCUGCGACAAAAUCAGACUCAGCAACGAUGGAGAAGUCGUGGUCUGUGCUUUAUUGGUGGCGUCAUGUACAGAGUCUCUGCUAAUAAGCUGUCUAAAACAUGGAGCCCCGGAAGUGGUAGCAAGCUGACCCCGAAGACCGGCAAACUGGAUGUGAGCAGCACCAGUCCUGGCUCCAUGUACCCCAGCCGGCCAGCCACGCCAAGCCGCUAUAUUGCAAGUCGCGCCAUCCAGCGGAGUCUGGCCAUUAUCCGCCAUGCCCAGCAUAAAAAGGAGAAAAAGGAGUACUGCAUGUACUACAACCGGUUCGGGAAAUGUAACAGAGGCCAGAAGUGCCCCUAUAUCCAUGACCCAGAGAAGGUGGCAGUGUGCACACGGUUUCUCAGAGGAACAUGUAAGAAGACGGACGGCAGCUGCCCCUUCUCCCAUCAGGUGUCUAAGGACAAGAUGCCGGUGUGCUCGUACUUCCUGAAGGGAAUCUGCCGCAAUAACGACUGCCCGUACAGCCACGUCUACGUCUCCCGGAAAGCUGAGGUCUGCCAGGACUUUCUCAAAGGAUACUGCCCCAUGGGAGCAAAGUGUAAGAAGAAGCACACCCUGCUGUGUCUGGACUACGCCCGCGAUGGCAAAUGCCCUCAGGGUUCAAAAUGUAAGCUGCAGCACCGCCAGAGAAAGAAACGGAUGGACGCAGCGGCGCAAUCGGAGCAGAUGCCAACCAGCGCCAAGCAUCGCCGGAGGUCGCCGGACCAGGCUGGUUGCAGGAUGUCGCCGGUGCCCACACGUGUCCGUGACCACCCUUCCACCAGUGAUGAGCAGCUCCCAGGCAGCAGCGGACUCCAGAGCUGUCCUUCUUUCAUCUCUCUGAACUGCUCCUCUGCCAGCGAGGGGACGCCCGCCUCCGAAAGGGUCAAGUCAUCUGAAACCACAGGAAAACCUCUUCAGAUCAAGCCGAGGCUGUGACGACAUCUGGAGGAGUCUGCUCUGUAGCCUCCGUUUCUCAGGGUCUUUCCUUCCUCUCUUGUGUUUCUGGAGUGUUUGUUUAUCUGGCCUGCAGUCAGAGGGUGGCGCUAUCUGUGUCCUUUUUGGCGGUCUUUGUGUUACCGGAUUCUCAGGUUGAUGAGAGGAGCGCUCGCACAUUUCAUACCUUCUGUACUUUAUAGAUUUAUCUUUUUGUCAGAUAAUUUUAUAAGAAGAGACUUUACUAUUUACUUUGUAUGGUUUUUUAACCCCUGCCGGUGAGGUUAGCGUCUGCACUUCUGUAACGCGUUUCUAGUUUGGAGGGUUGCGUUUGCCUUCCCGCUAUGACCCUCACGACAGUGUUAAACCACAGAUCUCUACUAACGGGAGUGAUCGGCUGCAGACGACCCUUUACCCCGCUGACGGGGUCCCCGGAUGUCGAAUGGCUGGGUAAAUAUCUCAUUGUUCAUCAUCCCCUUUAAUUAUUUGGGUCUGAUUCUGGAGGAAUCUAGAAGGCCCUCCUACUCUGUUCAGGGCUCUGCUGCCACCACCAUCCACACUCCCUGGUUGUCGGAGAAAAGGCCGAUCGUCAAGUCAGAUUUUGACCCAAAUUGCGCUGCAGACACUGCACCGAAGAUCUGGUAACUAUGGAUCGUGACUGACAGAAUAUCUCCAUGGUUACAGAGGCUGCCAAUAACAUCCCCUCAUUUACAUAUAUGCUAAUGACACAUUGCCGCCAUGUCCUUAUCUUCUGCUGAUGAUCUUGAGCAGGAGACAUCUGGGUUGAUUUUUGGCAGCCGGUGUCAGUUCUGUUUAGGGAUAGCUCUACCCACGUGGGGCCACGUGCUGACCACUCUCCACGGUUCGCAUACGGUGGAGCUCUGCUCCCAUUUAUACUUACUUUUUAGUAUUCACCACCUUCCACUGCCAGGUUUUGGGGUGACCACGAGGUUUGGUUUUGGUGGUCAUCUUCCGACACAGCUACAAGACAAGUUGAAGUUUUUUACUGAACCCAGGACGGCGCCCCCUACAUUUUAUAUAAAGUGUUUUAUUUCCUUUUAGUUGUCCGCUUGUAACGGUAACUUUUCAUUAAAGUGCAGAUAUUUUACUUUA